UGACGUAUGGAAGAUGCUGGGCAGCGCGCGCCGCCGCCGCUUUGGCUCUCGCGUCUCGUAGGAGACGGCGGUGGCUGCCGUGACCCGCAAGGUUUCGCCCCCGGGCUCCAGGCAGACGGGCAGCCAGGUGGUGGUUGAAGAGGGAAGACCAUGAAGGAUAAAGAACUGAAGAGGCUGCUGUCUGCCAAUGUCAGCAGUAUAGCUUCUGUUAUUGUAACAAUUGUCAUUCCCUAUCUGCUUGUGGAGAACUUCUCAAUCUAUGGAACACACCUGACAUGGUUGUGCAUCUGUUCAGCAGCUGUUGGUGCUGUCACUAUAAUUUUACAUAUCAUUCUUAAACCAAAUCCAUCCAAUAGAAGAAGUUCCCUUGCCCAUAAGGUCGCGAGGUUUCUAAGAUGCUGUGUAUACUUCUGCAUGUCCUGUAUCUUUUACCAUGGAAUCAUUGUUCUUUAUGGAGCACCACUGAUGGAAUCAGUCCUGGAGACCUUCUUAUUUGCAGUUCUACUGUCCACAUUUACCACGCUGCACUGUUUGUGUUUGCUGGGGCCGAACAUUCAAGUUUGGCUCAGAGUGUUCAGUAAAAAUGGAGCCACAUCCAUCUGGGACAACAGUCUGCAGAUUACAACCUUGUGCAGUGUGGUAGGAGCAUGGUUUGGAGCAUUUCCUAUUCCCCUGGAUUGGGAUCGACCAUGGCAGGUGUGGCCCAUUUCUUGUUCACUUGGAGCCACCUUUGGCUACAUGGCCGGUCUCCUCCUCGCACCGUUGUGGAUAUACUGGAACAGGAAGCAGCUUACGUACAAAAGCAGAUAACUGGCGCAAAGAGAGAAAGCUUUUGUGCCAUUGUGCCGAUUCUGUAAAACCGUGUAGCAGAGACUAUGGUCAAAGCAGGAGACGAUCCAGACGUCUUCAAAGCAGCGCUGGGUUCUGCGCCUUCUCUCACAGCAGGGCUCAAACGCUGUGGCAAUGCGGUAGUGCAUCUGUCGCUUGUCCUAAAUUGUGUUACCCCUGAGAGAUUGUUCAUUCCUUCCAGUCUGAAUAAAGUAUUUGUAACAGA